AACACAAAAAACAAUAGUGUUUAUUUCUUAACAAUGGCUUCCAACAAGUUUAGUGCACUCAUUAUAUUGCUUUCUCUUCUUUCCUAUUCAACAUUUUCACAUGCUUGUGGUUCAUGCAACCCAACACCUAAACCUAGUCCUCCACCACCUUCAAAAACUCCCAAACCUUGUCCUCCACCUACUACUAGUACGCCACCUUCUCCAACACCACCUACGGCUAGUCCUCCUACUCCUUCAACAUCACAAAAAUGCCCAAAGGACACAUUAAAGCUAGGUGUUUGUGCUAAUCUUCUUGGACUUGUUAAUGUUGUGGUUGGAAGUCCUGCUUCAAGCAAGUGUUGUACAUUGAUUCAAGGUUUGGCUGAUUUGGAUGCAGCAAUAUGUCUUUGUACUGCUAUUAAGGCUAAUGUUCUUGGUAUCAACUUGAAUGUUCCUAUCACACUCAGUCUUCUACUCAGUGCAUGUCAAAAAUCUGUUCCUUCUGGUUUCAAGUGCUCUUAGAAUUUCAUGUUAUAGGUUCAAGCCAUACAAGUACUUAUGUUACUACUAUGUUGUUUUUAUUUUAGUUUUAAGUAAGAUGUGUAUGUCCUUUCAAUAAUGGGGUAAGCUUGUUUGCCUUAUUUACCAACUUUGUCUUUUUUAAUUUAAAUAAAUUCAGGGAACCUUCGUUUA